AUGUCGUUCCUGAAUCUUGUUGAUUUCGACGGGUCGAUAAAGCGGAACAAAAAACAGGAAGCGGUGUUGAACACUUUCAAUGAUCGGGAAAAAUUUUUACGCGAACUCGAAGCGCAGAGGAGAGCAAGAGCAGUUGAUCAGAAGCAGAAGAACGCAGCCAUAGUUGUACAGAGGUCAUGGCGUGCUCAUCGAGCUCGCAUCAUUGUAGCUCGCCAGCUCAGAGAGGAUUUCGAUAAAGUUGGCAGGCCGACAACGAAUGAGGCGCUAAAUCUGCAAAUUACGCGAAUAAAUGUGUUCUAUCAUCACCCGGACGAUGAUAGUCGUUUGAUUACCCUUUGCUCAACUGCACUGGGUUUGCGGAGCAGUUUCGGGGAAGAAGAAUUGGUGGCAACUCAACGGAGAAUAGUCUUCUACAAAUGCCUUCUGAAAUUCUUGUCUCAUGCUGGAAAAGAUACAAAUUUCGUGAUGCCUAUCAGGUUCCUUGAUACAUUUGCUCACUCUCAGGAUUGCAUUUCCCUAGUGAGGAUGGGUUACUUCGAAUGUUUUUUGAAUUUAAUUGCAAAGCUGGCUCCGCCACAUAACGACGAACUUUCUUUCGUAACUGAUAGGCGGCUACCACCGCGUCUCGAAUCGCUUUGUGAGCACCUCAUGGUCCCUGUUAUAAGAACAUCAUCAGAAGAAAGGGUAUGGGCUCUGCGCUCCUUGAUUCGGUCAAUAGUGAUCAACAAGAACUUGACGUCAAUGGUCCUAAUAGUGAUGCCUUAUAUUUCACGUUGUUUCUACGAUUCUAAGGUUUCAUUAUGUGAUCUGCUGAAUGGCUUUGGACGAUAUCCUUCUCAUGAUACCGUCCCGGCUGGUCUCUGUUCGACAUUUUUUGUGAGCACCAUCUUGAGGGCAUGCUCUCAGAAGGAAUUAACUGAUGAAGAGAAGUUUCUGCUUUUGUCGACGUGUGCUGGGUUCAAAGAAGCGUAUCAGAGAGACAAUUCUGCUGGAGCUUCCAUGAUGACAAACGUAAAUAAGGUAUGA